CUUGUAGUGCUCUCAGGCGAACUAACAGGUAUCAGACGACGUCAAGUAGUAGCUCAAGGACACCAACCCCAACAAUGCCGGCAGUUACAUGGGAGGCCUGGGGGAACACGGAAGAGAGCCCCAGUGAGGACGACGCUGCAGCUGACUACGUACAAUCACAAAUUGACUCCGCGUUUGGUAGUAGUAGUGGCACAUCUUCCUCUACUACCUCUGCCCUAUCAUCUACUACGUCAUCCCCUAUCACGUCAUCUUCUGCUACACCCUCCCCUAGUGCAUCUCUUUCUACUUCCUCAGUAUCGGCUACAUCAAACUCGACAACUGUGUCACCAUCGACAACGAGUCUAGCCAGUACGACUCCGAGCACCGAAAGCCAGAGCCCCACCGAGACAUCAGCGCUGCAAUCAACCCCAACAAGCACAGAACCAUCUACAGCCCCACAGCCGUCGACAAGCACUGCUAGCUCAUCUUGGUCAUGCGUAACUAUAGUGCUAGUAAAUAAUUCACCCUACACAAAAUGCUCAUACUAAGCCUAUGAUGGUACUACUCAAGCUCGCUCCAUUAAAGGAGUCGUUCGUACAACGCGAGCGAUAUCGGGAGAUGACUAAAAUCAGACGUACAGAAAACUAUUCGUUCAAUGCUAAUCGCAUUUUUCUCGCAAGUGAUGGCUGCGCCGCUGUCUUUGCUUACGGUAAUGAUAAAGCUUGAUUGUUGUGUGAGAGAGGGGGGUAGUACGGUUCGUAUAUU